AUGGUAUUUGAAAAGGGGAUGGUAUUUGAAAAGGGGAUGAUAUUUGCAGAUGUAAACAACUUCAGAGCAGCACUGAAAGAUUAUCCAGUGGAAACUGGCUUCAAGAUUGUGAGAGACAAAAAUGAGAAGUCUAGGGUAACUGCUCACUGUGCUAUUAAUGGAUGUCCUUGGAGGAUUCAUGCAUCUUCUCUUCUAGAUAGGAUAACUUACAAGAUAAAAACCUUAGUUCCCCAACACACAUACAGUAGGUUGAACCAAAAUACUGAGGCAACUUCAGAUUGGAUAGCAAAAAAAUUGUGUGACAGCUUUAAAGAAAAUCCAGACAUAGGGUUUGAUACAAUGCAAGAGAUUAAGAAGACGAAUCCUAGUAGCUUUGUGAAGAUCAAUUAUGAUAACCCAUCCAAACCAAUCUCAAAGGAUGAACCCACACCAGAUAAAGAGAGUAUAAUCAGUUCUAACCCAGUGUUUAAAAGAAUAUUCAUUUCAUUUGAGGCAAUGAAAAUAGGGUUUGUUAAUAGAUAUAGACCCUUCAUAGGGCUAAAUGGUUGUCACUUAAAGGGUCCUUAUGGUGGAGUGCUAAUUUCAGCAAUUGCUUUAGAUGGGAAUAAUGGGUUGUUUAUAUUGGCAAUAGGAGUAGUGGAUUGUAAAUGUAAGGAGAGUUGGACAUUUUUCCUAGAACACUUGAGAACAAUAAUGAGUGAUGCAUUGCCCACUAGUCCUUGGACCAUCAUGUCUGAUGGACAAAAGGGUCUUGACAAAAUUAUGAGUGAAAUCCUAUCAAAGGCUACCCAUAGAAGGUGUUGUAUGCAUUUGUUUAACAACUUCAGAGCUAAAUUUCCUGGAGUGAUCUUGAGGAAGAACUUUUGGAAGGCAGUAAGGGCUUGGAAUCAAAGGGUAUAUGAUGAGGCUAUGCUGGCCAUUCAAGGUAUCUCAAAGAAAGCAUAUGCAUGGCUGCAAAAAGUUCAUGUUGAAGCAAGGUCUAGGUAUACAUUCGAUGGUAGGAUAAGAAAUGAUCAUAUUACAAAUAAUAUGAUAGAAUCAUUCAAUAAUUGGUUGGGGAUUUCUAGAAGUAAACCAAUUCUGACAAUGUUAGAGACCAUAAGAUGUAAGUUAAUGGGAAAGUUUCAAAUGAGGUAUCAAAAAGCAUUGCAAUGGCAGUCCAGUGUCACUUUGAAUAUUCAUAAGAAACUUGAUAAGACCUUGUAUGAGUCAAGAAAGUGCAAAGUAGAGUAUGCAAGAGAGCAGGAGUCUGAUAUUAGGGACAAUGAGGAUUAUACAUCUAAUAUCAGGCCACACUAUGUGGACACUGAUAGAUGGAGAGCCUUUACAGCCACUACAUCUGAAAAGAUUGGUAAGAAGACCAAAGAAUUCCAAAAAGAAGGCUUAUAG